GCGCUGGUCCUUACAGUAGCCAAUCACAGAGCAGGGCGCGGUGACGUCAGCACGUGGAUGAUGAGGCGUUUAAGUACAAAUCGUACAAAGGAGUUGUUGUGAAGCAGUGGAUCAGCUGAGUGUGUGUGUGUGUGUGAGAGUGAGUGUGUGUUGCAGCAGCCGCAGCAGACUCCUCACACUGACUGAUGUUGAGGUUGAUGAAGAUGAUGAAGAUGUCUCUCCUGCUGUCCUCCUCCUCCUCCUCGCUGCUCGUGCUCCUGCUCGUGCUCCUGCAGCAGCUGCAGGCUCUGACGGCGGAGGAGGAAGGAGCCGCCAUGGAGGAGCUGACCACGGAGAAGGAGGCGGAGGAGAGUCACCGUCAGGACAGCGUCAAUCUGCUGACCUUCAUCAUGCUGCUCACCGCCACCAUCCUCACCAUCUGGCUCUUCAAGCACCGCCGCGUCCGCUUCCUCCACGAGACCGGGCUGGCGAUGAUUUACGGUUUGCUUGUCGGUGUGAUUCUGCGAUACGGCAUUCCCGCCACCAGCUACCACAACAAGACGCCGCCCAGCUGUUCUAUGAAGGAACGACCCACCAGCACUCUGCUGCUCAACGUCAGCGGCAAGUUCUUUGAGUACACCAUCAAAGGAGAGAUCAACUCUGGAGAGAUUCACAACGUGGAGCAGAAUGACAUGCUGCGCAAGGUGACCUUUGACCCUGAAGUGUUUUUCAACAUUCUGCUGCCUCCUAUCAUCUUCCAUGCAGGCUACAGCCUAAAGAAGAGACACUUCUUCAGAAAUCUGGGUUCCAUCAUCACGUACGCUUUCCUCGGCACGGCCAUCUCAUGUUUUGUUAUCGGUAAUCUCAUGUACGGUGUGGUCAAACUGAUGCAACUGGUCGGUCAGCUGUCGGACAAGUUCUACUACACUGACUGUCUCUUCUUUGGUGCCGUCAUUUCUGCCACCGAUCCAGUGACAGUGUUGGCCAUUUUCAAUGAGCUCCAUGCAGACGGUGACCUUUAUGCUCUGCUGUUUGGAGAAAGUGUUAUGAACGACGCAGUCGCCAUCGUUCUGUCCUCGUCCAUCGUUGCGUACCAGCCCAGUGGCGCAAACACUCACAUGUUUGAUGCUGCAGCGUUUUUUAAAUCUGUAGGAGUUUUUCUGGGGAUUUUCAGUGGCUCGUUUGUGAUGGGAGCCGCCUCAGGAGUCGUCACCGCUCUCGUCACCAAGUUCACCAAACUUCACUGUUUCCCUCUGCUGGAGACGGCGCUCUUCUUCCUCAUGUCCUGGAGCAACUUCCUGUUAGCAGAGGCCUGUGGGUUCACAGGUGUGGUGGCCGUGCUCUUCUGUGGAAUCACUCAGGCUCACUACACGCACAAUAAUCUGUCUGAGGAGUCAACGAAGAGAACCAAGCAGCUCUUUGAGGUUCUUCACUUCCUGGCUGAGAACUUCAUCUUCUCCUACAUGGGCUUGGCUCUGUUCACCUUCCAGAAUCACAUCUUCAGCCCCAUCUUCAUCAUCGGGGCUUUUUUGUCCAUAUUCAUCGGCAGAGCUUUGAACAUCUACCCUCUGUCCUUCCUCCUCAACCUCGGACGAAGACACAAGAUCAAGGGAAACUUCCAGCACAUGAUGAUGUUUGCAGGUUUGAGAGGAGCCAUGGCGUUUGCUUUAGCGAUUCGUGACACGGCCACUUAUGCCCGACAGAUGAUGUUCACCACCACCCUCCUCAUCGUCUUCUUCACUGUAUGGGUGUUUGGGGGAGGGACCACACCCAUGUUGUCAUGGUUACACAUCAGAGUUGGACAAAGCUCAGCUGUGCAGGAACAGCGGCGUACGCUCGGACAGAGGCAGUACUUCAGGGUGGGUGUGGACGCGGAUCAGGACCUGCAGUUCUGUGGAGACAACUUCCAGGUCCUUCAGGGGGACGGAGCUCAGGGUGAAGGUCAGAGUAAAACCAAGCAGGAGAGCGCCUGGCUCUUCAGACUCUGGUACUCCUUUGAUCACAAUUACCUGAAGCCCAUCCUGACCCACAGUGGACCUCCUCUCACCUCCACUCUGCCCGGAUACUGUGCUCCUCUGGCCAGCUGCCUCACCAGCCCCCGGGCGUACGAGAACCACGAGCAGCUCGGAGAUCACGAUGCCGACCUCAUCCGUAAUGACGGCGACCUGACCUACACCUUCGGUGACACGGCCAUCACAGCCAACGGGGCGUCUGGAGGCGGGGCUGACGCGGCUGGCGGCUCGGACUGGAGCGUGAACGGGAAGCGGAGCGGCAGCACCUCAGAGGAGGCGCUGGAGCGUGAACUGGACUCCCGCGAGCAGGAUCUGCUGAGCCGCGGCACGCGCCUCGUUUUCCCCAUGGAGGAUCAUCUCUGACUCCGCCCUCCUCCCCCGCCUGCACCACCUACAUCGCUGACCUGACCUGACCCCACACCACCGCCACCACCGCUGCACCCUCAGCUCUCUCUACUUCCUGUGGGCGGAGCGUCCAGUCCUGACGUGGAGGAGACAGGAGGGGAGGAGUCAGAGCGACGGAGCUGAGCUCCUCCAGACCUGAGGGUGGAGCCGGAGGAUCAUUUCAUCCUCAUCGCAGAGAGGAAGUCAUGUGACCUUGCGAUGGUUUUAACUCUGCGACAACAGAGAGACAAAGAAAUGUCCUCCAAACCAGAGAAGAAGAACGGGGAGGAGGUAGAAUCAAUCACACGAUUGAUCCAUGACGCUUCAGUCACUCACAUGUUUUCAUUCAUGUGUCACAAAAACCAUUUUUCAAAACAUUUAGGUAAAAAAAACAACACAUUUACAGUAUGUGUGUUUCACUGCUGUUAAAGGAGCAGUAUGUAAGAAUGAGUGAGUGGCUUCACAGACCUGAGAGGAUGUCCUUCUGCUUUGUUUGCAUUGAUCAUGUAAGUCCAAUAAUCCUCGUUCCUGGGAUAUUGCAGCCUUGAGUAUUGGCUGAUACCGAUAUCGAUCUAAUACAAUAUCAGCACGAAUCAUACAUACUUUCAUUACUUAUUUUGUAAUGUGGAAUGUUACAGAGAACAAUAGUCAGCAACAGUAGGUAUGAGAAAAACGCACCCAUUUAUUAUUAACCAAUGGGUUACAUCAAUUUUAACCUUACAUACCUUACACCCAACAUAAGAAUAUUCGAUUUCAUACAGUCUAUGGUUAAUUUCAUCAGGAGGAAAGUACCAAGUGCUAAUGGGGGUGUUUUCAGAGCAUCCGUGUUUCACAGGUAACAGCGUGUCUUCAGAGAACACCCCCCUUGUUUUCACUAUUUUGGAUCAGCCCGAAGACGUACUUAGCUCCGUGUGUGGCACUAGUUUAUGAAAUAAUGUUGUUUUAGCAGCGCGCCUCAGGAUGAGCUAGCGUGGUGCUAACGGCCAGCUCCCUAAAACUUCCCUCAGGUUGGAUUUCAGAGUAACCUGAUCAUGAACACGUGUGAACAAGGAUUUAGUCCUGUCUACUUCGUGUGUCAGGACUUUAAUAAUCAGAUUAAGACAGAUUAGAAUCGUCAUAAUCUGAUUAUUGUAUGACCAUAUUCUGGUUAAUCUGAACAUGUCAUUUAAAUGGAAGUGUAAAUUAAAGCCACACUAUGCAACUUUUCCUGGACCAAAUUUUUGCAGAAUUUGUGCGAGAUAUUUUCCCAGUUACGAGUAGUGUUUUUAAAUCGCAGCAGCGCCCCCUGAAGUUGCAGUUCCAAGUCAUCAACUCAUUCAAACUCCAUGUGCGACAUACGUAGAAUAAAUCGCAUUUAUGAAACGAAACGAAAACGCUUAAUUUCUUUUUUUGCGUGUCAUAUACACACAUGUUACUGGCCCCUAUGGACAUGUCGCUGCACUGUUUUUAUGCAUGAAAUGUAACUAGAUUAGCUUGCUAGUUAGCAAACCUAGCAAUAACAUAAGUAGCUAACAUUAACCACGUAAAAAACAAACCUUAAGUUCUGUAGAAACUGAAAGUCACUCAGUUUGUUUACGCUAAAAACUCGUUAGUCCAGCUCGUGUUAGUCAGACUAACAUACCUGGAUCAUGUGAUUCAUAGUCUGAUUACUCCUGCAUGUAAACACUUUAGUCAGACUAGAGUCAGACUUGUCCACAAUGUCCUCGCCGCUCUUUGUCCCUGAAGUAGAAGGAGACCAUGUCUAAACUGCAGCACUGUUAGGGGACGUCAUCUUCAGACAACACGACAACCACAAGAGACAUGUCCAUCUAAUUUGUCUCACUGUCCAUCUCACCAUCCGUCUCACUGUCUGUCUCUAUCAAUAGUGAAAUACAGGGCCACCUACUGAGGCAGUGUCACACGUUCACGGACAAUUUUGUCCUCAGUCUCUGUAAGUUGUCUGUCUGUCUUAGUUGAAGUGUUGAUGUAAACACACUGAGUGAUUUUCCGUCUAAGGACAAACAUUUAUCAAAUUUUGUCUCCAACUAUUUCACAUGUUUACGUUCCUCUGCGAUAAAGACCCCUCGCGCUUUCCCCUCUUCACUGUGUCUCUGGCCUCUUUCCUCCUGCAGUGAAGUCCACACAGUCCAAGGACAGAAGACACUCUAUUUGUCCACAUGUGUGGGACAAAGUGACGACAGCGAUGUUUGCUUUGACUUUGUGGACAAAAACAAGGAGAGGCGACUUUAAAACAGAGAGACUGGAGGAAGGAGCAGAGUUUGAAACUUGACCUCGAGGAGAGGACACACGUGGGACCAUGUUCUGUGUGUCUCUGUCUCUCCUUGUCUAUCUGUCUGGAGCUGAGAAACGCAAGCCGCAGCCCGUCCGUCCACGUGUGGACACAGUUGUCUCCAGGAGCAGCUGCUGUCAGGACAUGGAUCUGUCUCGCAGUUUGCAUGUCAACAGAAAACAUGUCAAUAAAAAACGUCCAAUCAUGAUCCA